AUGGCGCCCGAGGCCCCCGCGGACACAGCAGGCCCGUCCUCCCCACCGCCUCGACUACCAGAAGGAUGGCUCGCCCAGUGGGAGGGCGUCCAACGAAAAUGGUAUUUCGUCCAGCGGACAACGGGCAAGUCGCAAUGGGAAAUCCCAACCGAACCCGUUCUCCUCACGCCAUCAACAACACCAACUCCCCUCGGGCCGGGACCCUCACAAGUGCCAAACUCGAAUCAAACGGGCAAUAGUUCGCGGGCGGUAGAGACUGGGGAUACAAAGGCGGACAGGGAUCGUUCUGCGGCGGACAGUGCGAGAGUUUCCAGCUCCGGUAAUUCCCAGAUGCAUGGGGGACUGGAGAACCCUCUGCAUGGGUCUGCAGGAGUCCUAGGUCCGUAUUCGAAUCAGACCGGUCAGCACUUGCCCGGGGCGUAUGCGCAACAUCCUCCCGGGAACGACGGUGGAUAUGGUCCGGGACCGUUGCAGCACGGCCAUGCUACACAGAUGAACGGUUCUCAACCUGUUUUCUAUUCAAUGCCUGGGCAUCCUGGCUAUCAAAACGCCCCGCAACACUUGAAUCAAGGUAUACCCGGAGCCGCCUGGGCAAAUGCUGCUGCUGCGUUUCAGGGCCACUCAGGUUUUGACCAAGGGUACCAUUCAGAACCGUUUCAAGGGUUUUCUACUGGUCCACUACCUCCUUCGUGGAAAGAGAGUCAUACUCCUCAAGGACAGAUGACAGGACAGAUGACAGGACAGAUGGCUGGCAUAGUGAUCUCUCAACCGCAAUGGCAAUCCGAGUCGCAAUCGAAUCAGUCAAAUGGUCUCGGUGAUCACGUCCCAAUUAAUGCCCACUCAUCAACCCUUUCCCAGCCAUUCUUUGGGCCAUAUUCCUCUCAUAAUGGUACUGGGCAGUCCCCGAGGGAGUUUCCAUCUCGGCCCUCGGAUCCGUCCCUCCCUCGGGAAGGGCAACCGUCCCAGGCAUCCAUGGACGGCUUUUCUAGACAUUCGCCGCAGUCCGUGGCUGAUCAAGCUACAUCAGGUCACAAAUAUGGCGUCUCUCGGUCUCAUCCACAACAUCCUUCUACCGAUCCUGCGUUGCAGGGAUUCUCACCCUUGCAGCACGCUCAAGCUCAAUACCAGCAGCAGUAUAUGAUACGAAACCAGGCAGGGCCUGGUAUAAAUCACCAGACUCAGCAGAGCCAGCAGGGUAAUAUUCCUCAAUAUCAAAACCCUCUGGGCCACAUUGGUUCCAACAGUUACAUACCACAACAACAGUUUGGGCACCCCGGUGGACCUACAGGCUUCUCUGAAACUGCGUACCAAAUGCCCUACAGCCAGUCGGGCCACGCACCAGGAACCACCCGACAGGCACCUUUCGAGUCUCAGUUUGUGAGCGGGCCUUGGACGUCGACACCGCCUAACUCUGGCCCGCCCUAG